UACGCCUAAUCUCACAUGGAAUGAAGCAUAUUCAGAUUUCUUGUUAAACAAGUACCUUCUCAAUAACCCUCCUUGAUCUCUACUCAAAGAACCUAAAAGUAAACUUCCCCAACAUAUGACAGUUUCAACAUCUUCUUAUAUCAUUUCUUGAUUUUAUCUCUACGAACCAAACAUAAACCAAAAACCUAGGAGAGAAAAUGGGAGACCAAGGGGUACAACAAAUGCAACAGCAGCCUGUUGUUGUGUAUCCUAACGCAUACACCAAGCAGUUUCCAUAUCCAUCUUCUUCUUCUGCAUCAUCAUCAUCUUCUUCUUCCUCCUCUGGCUCACGCGGUUCCUUUGGGACGGUCUUCAUAGUCCUAGCCGUGAUCCUUGUCUUGUCGGUUCUGGCUUGUGUCUUCGGGAGGCUAUGCAACCGUGAAAGCCGCGCUGCUAAGCAGCCAAAGCAUGAGAAAGGGUCUUCUAAGAAGAGCCGUGAGAUUCGGCCUGUGGAUCGUGAGCCGAGGGAGAGAGGUGAUUUGGAGUUUGGGUUGGAUAUGAAACGGCCUGAGCAUGUUGAGAAACCCUCUGGAAUAGAUCACGGCGAGGAUAUAGAAUUUGGAUUUGAUAACAAGAGAGAAGAAAGAGGCGGAGGAGGACUUCCUCCUCCUCCGGUUAUCAAACAUGGAGUGAGAUUUAAGUUAUCUGAGGAAAACGAAGACCAUCAUGCUGGAGGCGAAAUAAGACGUGGAGGUCCUAACAUUGAGCUCCGACCAAGACACUAAUGGUAUUGAUUUGUACAAGAACAAACCACUUUAUUUAUGUCUCAACUGCUUCCAUCCUUUUGUGUGUGUGUGUUUUUUUUUCUUUUCUUGCUUGAUUUUAUGGGUAUGGAACUUGGAGCUGAAGCUAUCACACUUCAUAGUCUCUUGGUGUGAUAUAUACAAUAGACACUCUGUAUAUAUUUAAGGUACUGAAUAAAUUCAGCAUACAUUUUUUUUUUCUU